AUGCAGCGUCGUGCUUCGCGCCGUGGCCAUGCCGAGCCGGGGCUCUCACCAGUGUCUUGGCUGUCUAGGACACGUUGCACUUUUCCCUACGCGUCAUCUCUGGUGGCGCAGGGCAUGCUGGUCUGUUGCACUGCUGCCGCUUUGCCAGCGAAGACCCCGCAACGGGCAGACGCAGCGGCGCAGGCGAGAUGUUGUGCCCUUAGCCGAGGCCGAAGCGUUACCACAGUGCCACGGCAAUCGAGCUUUCCGCUUUCCAAUCGGUGGCGGCAGCCCUUCCGGCUCGUUGGUGCCGUGCACCUCGUCACCCAGCAGAGCACACUGCACACUGCGUCGUCGCCGCCGGCGUUUGCUGAGCCCACACCACCGGGCUACAACGGCAGUGACAGCCAUUUUUCUGCGCCGAUCACACCAGCAGCAGCAGCGGAAGCGGGCUCGACGCCGAGGGGAGUGGGUCCCCGCAAGCGACAGGCAAAGCGAGCGGUAGCAAGCAGUGCGGCUGUCGAGACCAGCGCCGAACAACGAGAGGAGAAGGGCAAUUCACAGGGUCGUCAGCUGAGUGACGCCAGUGGCGAACACCGCCGGCCCACAGACCAGUCCCUGUCCGCUGCCGCACCCUUACAGCGGGUGUCCCAGUCAGCGGGGAAACGCGAAUCGGCCUCGGACUCUGAGUUUAACGUUCUUGAAGCCCUCCGCCUUCCCGCCCCACCGACGCGAGACACUGCCACACCGGAGUCCAUUUGCAGCUACCUCCUUACUCUUCGCCGCGUAGUUAGUGUGAACCGCACCGGUACACAUCUCGUGAGUAUAACGGGUCGAGCUGCUCUGGUGUUUAUGCGUCAAAUCCUGCCGUCGCUAAUGACAAUGCCGCCGGUGCCGGAGGCGGAUCUGCUGACGGGGGCCAUGGCGGCAACAGCAGCCCCUGCUGGGGUGACGUCGACAACAGUAUCAGGGAGCGACGCCACAGUCAAGCGAAGUGACCCGGAAUCGGGGGCGGACAGUCAAAGUGCCGACACUGCGCGCGGAAUCCGCCACGCGAUGACGUUCGCCCACCCUUCUUUCCCUCCUCAAUCUCUGCCGCGUGCGUCUCGUCAAAGCACGCACGAGGCGUCUCCGGUCAGCGCCGAUGUGCCCAAGUGGUACAGGGUGUGCGGCACGGGGACCGUGCCGUGGACGGAGCCGCUUGCGGAGGCAGUGCUACUGAUGUGCAACAGGCUUAAUGUCGAGGUGCGUCACCUGUGGAUUGCGCGAGCGGCGCUGCUCUACCUUGCGUCCGUAGAAGGGAAGGACUGCGCCGAUGCCCGGCAACCGCUGCCCACGACGUUGGGCGCCACCCCGAGCAGCCUCACGCGCACUCUAGCGAGUGCCCUUAAGGACAAGGCACAGCUAGCGCUCGCGCUGAUGAGGACGCUGGACCGGAAUCGUCGGCAGAGUCGCCUGACACGCGAGGUGCUGCGGCCGGUGGCAAUGCGGUCCGCCCUGCGCUUACGCGCAAAGCAAAAUGGCGCGGCAUCUGCUGGCGGACUCGGUGGCUGUGAUGGUGGUGGUGGUGCUGCUGCCGCUGUGGCAGCGAGCGUGGGGCCAAAGCGCGGUGAUACCCGUGUUUCUGGCAUGGAUGGCGACGGCAAAGUGCCCACACCCGCAUCAUUGGGACCGCACGGAGCUGCCACGCUCAUGCCCCAGCAUGCGAGCUCCUUUGUGAAUCUUGAGCGCUACCUUGCCGAUAAGUUAUUGCCGCUACUCUACGGCGAGUUUGUUCACUACUGCCACGCCGUUGAGCAGUGGCGCGACAACAACCUCCGUGCAGCAACUCAGAGCACUGUGGCGGCGGCAACGGUGGCCGCUGACACAGCAGCAGCAGCAGCAGCACCAGCUGCUUCACGUCUAUAUCAGCACGCUCCCAGCCCGGGCGCACUGGACGAUCGCGCGUACUUGCCUAACAUUUCGCGCUCUGACCUUGAAUCGUUUUCGCUGCUCUCGGCGGUACUGCACCGGGCGAUCGGCCUGCACGGCGUCGUGCGCUGCGGCGACGAGGUUCACUUCGACUUGAACGAGCACAGCCCUGAUGCGUACACCCCCGUGGGACCGAGGUCUCUCGGGAUCGUCAGCGGCCUGAGCGGUGAUGUGGGGCCAUCUGCCGACCAUCCCCCAUGCGGACGAGAGCGGUCGCGCGGGUUACUGCCCGCUGCGGGAUCUGUUGGCGCACCGCCACCGCCGAGGAGUCCGCAGCGCCAACCGGCGAUUCCGCUGCGUUCAUUCCGCAUCACGAUUGAGGCUGUUGCCGCACGGCUGGAUGCGGCUGGCGGGCCCCACACUGGUGCGCUGGAGUCGAUCGCAUCUGGAGGUGUGCGGCCGUAUGCGAUGGACGGUUACGCGAUACAAAUCGAUUCCCCACCACCGUUUGUGCCGCCGCACUCCGUGACAGGCGCUGGGGUUUCCCGGUCACCCAGUGACGGCAGCAGCGGUCGAUUCCUGUCGUCGUCGUCAUCGUCCACAUUGAGGUUUGGUAGGCCUGCAGCACCCUCUCCUGCGCGAUCACCGCGUGCGUUCUCGGCUACGGCGCCGUCGCCGGCGGCCGGACACAAGGAGCACAGCGAUGGUAGCAAGGGCCAAGACAGUACGACGAGAAGCAGCGGAGCACCGCACACGACGACGACGGCGCCACUGUCGUUCAAAGCCUUCGGAAACUUCAACGUCGAUGGUUUUUUGCCUAUUCUCAGCUUAUGCCUCCACGACUACUCUUUCCAUCUCUUCCUGACAGCUGCAGCAGACGACACCGGCGCCCGUGAUGUGGUGAGGUGCGCAACCGGCAACACCAGCUCUGUAAGUCCAGCGACAGCGGCGGAGGUCAGCGCAUUGGUCGAGGAAGACGUGUCGGCGCUCGCUGCCGCCGUCUCGAGGCUCCUCCUCCUCGGUGUGUACUGGGCACCACUUUGCCGGACGUACCAGCUCCCCGCAGUGUUGGCGCUUUUCGCUCGCGUGACGACAUCGGAGCCGACCCACACCAAUCCAGAAGAAAGCGCGUCAACUGCAGCAGCAGCAGCAGCAACAAUGGCUAGUUUGCACCCUGCUUUGUCUCCGCCCACUGCCGCCUCACUGAGUACAGGGGCGACACCGGUGCCACUGGACACGAUGGUUCUUCGGCGAGUCCGAGGUACGCUUCUGCCCCCAAGUGACAGUCUUGCGACGCCGUCGUCGCCGUUCGUUCAGCAGCUGUGCCGCCUGGCAUACUCGAGCGGCUGCUACAUGGAGAGGGUAAACUUUGACACAUUUGCGCGCCUCACCAGCAUUCUCGAUCGAGUGUUAUCCCAGUGGCCGAUGCAGCAUGCCGACGUGACCGCUGCAGCCUCGACGUGCUCCCUCAGCGAUACCACCAAUGUAGGCUUUGGUGGCGCAAGCGGCGACGGCGUGAGGGGCAGCGGUGGUGUCGCUGCUGCAACGGCCGCCACAGCGUCCAGUGGUGGAGAGUUGUUGUUAUCUGCCGCGGCAACCUCGGGUCAGAGUCGUGACACGGUUGCCCGAGCAGCCGGCACAACGUCAGUGACUGGUACUGUCGGUACUGCGGUAUCCCAUGCAAAGGGGUCGUGCGCCGUCUUCCGUGCACCACCGGCAGCUGGGAUGGCCGUGUUGCACUUUUUCACCCCGAUCGCGGAGAGUUUCUGGUCUCGAGAGCGCGGGCGGGCGAUGUGGCAAUCUUUUCCUAGGCGAGCAAGGCAGCGCCUGACCGCCACGUCCAGCGUCCCUUUCGGGCGCGCGCGUGCGAAGGGAUUCUUAGGAUUUAACACCUACACCUACCCAUACACACAACUGCGGGUGUCCGUGCCGCAUGUCGCCGGUGACGCUACGGCGGCCCCGGAUGGGGUUCGUGACGUACUGCCAAUGCCCCUCUACGUACUGCGGCAAAUGGGAAUGAAUGUUGGGGGUGCCGAGCGCACGAGCACGCCGGAUGAGCUGCUAAGGGUGUACCAGACGAGCGAGCGCGUGGAGUCGUACAUGGCGGUGCUGAACGGUGUCGGCUGCGCUACGGCGGCGCGCCCGUUUAUCUGUGAGUAUCUGAGAAGCGAUUUUAUGUGGCGCGCAAUCCCGAAUGACGCUUUCGCGCCGCUCGUGACGGCUGUGAUGGAGUUGGAGUUGACCAGCAUGGCGGUACCGGAGCUUUUAUCGCUGAGCGGCAGUCUGGAGGACAGCGCUGGGCCAAAGCAUCACCACACCGCCAGCUCGAGCCUGCCGGGCCGCCUUAGUGAAUGCUUAUCGCCGCAAACAAUGAUGAGUUUGAAUGCGCGCGUCGAGCCCCACGAGCUGCGACUCCUGACGGCAGACAAUGAGGAUACUCGUACUCUGUACGAGGAGACCGAUGUUCGUAAGCUGCUAGAGACGGUUGUCACGGACUCUCGUCACGGUGGUGGCAAGCUACCACUUCUCCGCUUCACGCUGCGCCGGAUCAGUAGGAGCGGUUGUGUGUUGGAAUCACCGCCGUCGUCGACGACGACAAGCGCAGCGGGUCCGCACACUGAUGGUCCAGGCGGUACCGCGUCAUUGUUUACCCUCCGACCCGCUCCCCAUCAAGGCGCUCAGGGGGCUCGAAAAUUGAAACGCUUUCCCGGCACACCGACAUGCCACAGCUUUGAAUGGAUGGCAGACUUGCUGUGGGAGCCCGCCUACUCAAGGUCAUCCGAUGAGAGCGCGCGACUGCCACUGACAGCCCUUCCGCCGAUACUUCGAGCUAUGACGCUGCUGGCGGAAGCGGAGCGCCGUGUUGAUGGCGCCUCACCUGGCAGUAGGGCGUGUUACUCAGGGCCAGAGUCCCUGAACGUUCACAAUGUAGAGCUCAUCUUGCGGAUGGCUUACCGAUUACUGUUCGACACCGUCGCUGAGGCUUCAGCUGGUGCUGAGCCACCUACAGUGGUGUCACUGGAGGCCCUCGUGACGCUGUACCUGAGCCUUACUAGCGUCGCGAGUCAGUGGGGGGCUGCUUCGUCGCCCACGCGAGCGCUCGGCUCGCAUGUCGCGACGCCCAAACCGGCGGAGAAGCCUCCUGUCGCGGGUGAGCGAGUGCGCGAGGGUGGAGGUGGGACUCGGUCAUCGGGUCUGGUGUUCAUGUCGCUGGCAGUGGACUGCUGUUUGGCACACUGCGAAGAUGCGCUGCGACCGCGGCUGAUGGCGAUCGCACAUGACACGCUCGUUAGCGGCAUGGAUGACGCCGCGCCCAUGAAGCGUGAAAGCGUAGCAACUGACUUGCGGGUAUUGCUGCAGCUGGCGGUGCUGGCGGAAGGGCUCCUGCCGUGCCUGGCAAAUAUGGCCGUGUCGGUGACAGCGGAAGCGGGUGCAUCGGUCAACGAGCUUAUCCAUCGGCAGCUGUUUCGUGAGUUGGGAGCGAGUUUGCGCGAGGCGUCGCUGCAGAAAAUUGCCGGAGAAGUAUCGAGGAUGCUGUGGUGGGUCACACGGCGCGCGCACGCGGAGGUGAAAGUAGAAGGCGCGCUGCCACUGUCACCCCCGACCUCGUGGACUGAGACACUUCUGCUGCAGGAGAUCAGCGCAAAGCGACUGCCGAUGGCUGACCGCGCCAUUGCCGCUGCUGAUGCUACCGCCGUGCCAUCGGCAGCGUCGUGGCGCUCAGGCAUGGGCCGCCAGAGCUUUGACCUCUUUGAGUGGGCGCUACUGCCAUUUUACGCGAAGCUGGAAGCACGUCAGAACGUCUCCAACUCCGCCGCGUCCGCCAUGGCAGUCGAUAGGACUUCGGCUGCGCCGCCGCGGCCACCUCCGACGCCAGCGCCCAUGUUGGACGACUUCCUGUCUCUGGAAGAUGCUUACAGCGAGCCUGCUGCUGAGCUUGCUGCACAUGUGUGGCCGCCGCAGUCGUCUUCGCAUGGACUUGCCACCGGCUUCUCCUCGGGAGCCACCACGGGUGGCGCUAAGGUCAGCAGCGACGGAAGCACGACAGCGUUCUAUCCCAGUGGCCCAUCCGCAGCGCCGCACACGGCGACGCUCGAAGCUGCUCUCCACGCCCUGCCAUUUCAGUGCGACUCAUUUCACGUCCUCCUGCACAUUGUCCGGCAGCUGUUCCUGUCGCACCCGGUCCUGCUGUCUACUGCACCCGAGGCCGUGCUCUACUAUGAGCUGCGCACUGCCCAUACUGCGGCCGACGAUGAGAAACGCAUCACGGCUACAUCUAUAGGUGCUUCAGCACCGGAACACAUUGAUGCGGCGACGGUAGGACGGAAGGCGUGGGCAACUGUGCCGGUGCAACGAGCGGAGUUACCACACGGCCUGCGGCAGCGCUACGUCGACACCCUCUUCCGUUUCUUCAAGCGACUUGUGCACCACCACAGCUGCACCGCAGAAGAGCUGGUGGAGCUGCUCCACCUACUGUGGCUGGCUGACCCACAUGCUUCCCACGUCACUUCCUCGGGUCUGUCAUCGUCAUCGACGACAGUAUCGACGUCCCAGUGGCCGAGCCUCUUCGCCCACUGCAGCAGCUUUGUGAAGGCGUCGCUGGCUGAGUUGGAUGCUGCUGCUGCAAUGCGCGACACUAGUGACAGCUUUAAGGGUGACAACGACCCCGGAGCAUCAUCUCCACUGCUUCGGAGCGUGCCGGAGGUGCUUCAAACCGUGUACCGUACAGCUCACUAUGGCCUCGCCAAGAGCAUCACGGUCAAGUCGCGAGAGAUGCACUGGAUCUCAGUCAACGCCGCGGCUCUUCACCCACGAUCGGUAGUGUUCUUUCUGCAGUGCCUUAACACCGUAGUCAGAGGCCUGGGAGAGCAUCGUCAGCAGCGCGUCUCCGCGCCGCAGUCGCUGUCGAUGCCGCGGUUGCAGCACCACGAGCAGCAGGAGCGAACACAUCAUUCGUUAAGCUGCUCGCACAGGAGCGCACUUGAGUUGUUUCAGCCCUUCAUUAUUUGCGCCUCCAUCACCGGAGAGCCGAUGGCUGGAGUGGCAAAGCUGUGCUAUGUGCCGUUGAUGCUGGAGGCUUUAAGCCAGAUGGACCCGAAGCUGUUGCUCGUCGUUAUUCAGACCGUGUUCACUGGAGCAGCGUGGUCCGGUGAGGGUGGAAGAGAUCAGCAUGACGACGGCGGCGGCGGUGGUGGUGGCGCUGUCAACAGCCGGCGUGAAGUAGCAAGUGCAGGGAGUGGGCACUUUUAUCGUAAGGCGCUCGCUGGCUCACAGACGGGGCUAGGCAGCACGCGGAUGCGCGAAAAAGGCCACAUCCAGUCCACUCGCCCGUCCGUUGCUGGAGGCUUGCAGACUUCACAGCGACUUUCAGAGAGCAUUGCAGCAACGAUGGCAGCGCUGCUGAUGGUGGCCAGCUAUGCGCAGGCCUCGUCAAGGGUGUGGGCCCCGAGCGGAGGAGCAGGAGGUGACGAGGAUGCUGAUUCGACCGUGGCCACCACACCCGCCACACCGCAACGUACACCGUUGGCGCGCAUCGGCAGAGCACAGCGUUCUGCACUCAUCUUCCUUCGCAGUUCACUUUUCGAGCUCCUCUCUCUGGCCCGCUCGCGCCACCCGCUGCAGUGCGUGUCUGCAUUCACAGUUGUUCAGGUAAUGCAGCUGACGGUGGUGCAGGAGAGCCCGCGACUGGCGAGGUUGCUGGAGUGGAUACUCUUGUCUCAACUAUUGCCACCCGUGCUGAGGGUGGAGAGGGACAUCUUCCCUGCUGCCACAAAUAGGCCGCCUCGCUGCGGGAGUGGGUAUGUCGCAACGCCCUUGGCGACCCUCCCCAAGUUCUCCACCCCCCCUCCUACUGCCGCUACGCCUGCUCGUCACGACAGCCUCAACAAGUACGGCGUCACCAUCACCGAGGACACCAUCGGGAGGAUGCGCUUCCCAGCCACGCACCAAUCCGUGCUGCUGCUUCGCCUGUUGCCGGUUCAGUGUUGGCGGUCCCUGCUUCAUCGCAAUGUCUGUUGGCCUAGGUACCGCGGAUACUCACUUCAGGUGUCCAGCAGACGUUUGCGGUCGCCGGUGGUGACGAGAGGUGAGACCCACACAGCGGACACAGCGCGAGAUCGCUCGACUGCGAAGUGGAAUGAAGUUCGCAGCUCGUUGGCGUCUCUCCUCCUUUCGCUGGAUCUGGAGUCGAUUGAGUGUCUCGUGGCGGAGGCGAUGGGGCCGAUGGUGCUGUUGGUGGUGACGACGGAGCUACUACGCGUGGUGGCGCGGCAGCGCACCUGCUCGGGCGACAACCUCACCACCUUACGCAGGGAUGCAGAGGGCCUGACACGCGCCGUAGGCGCUACACUGCGAAGUACGCCGCACGCCGAUGAUUGCCAGCUCUCUAAAGCGGACAAAGGGCCAGCGAGCAUCGCUGAGCCAAGUGGCGCAGCCAAAGACACUCCCUCGCCCGCAGCGUUGACGUCGUAUGAGGUGGUGCACUGUUAUGCUUCUCCUGGGUCCGUGCUGACCGACGAGGCAGUGCAACCGUGGCUUAAGGCAGCUUGCAAUGUGAUCGAUCAGCUGGCGAGUACGCGGCACACAGACUUCGUGGCGGUACUUGAGCGAGAGGCGGCGUGGCAGCGGCGCGUGACGGAGGCCUCCACGUAUCAAGGCGGGGCAGCGGAAGAUAUUCCCCUUGGCGUUUACAAACAGACGGCUGUUGAGGCUAUGAAGGCAACGAGAGCAGUGGUAGGGGCUACCAGAGGUGGCGCUCCUGAAGACGCCGCGCCGGUACUUGACAUUGGAGAGGAUGGCUUGGCUGAGGUGAGCGACAUCGGCGAUAGUGGUGAGGGGCAAGAGAGGGCCUCGCUUGGUGCUAGCGCAGGUGCAGCGGUGGCAAGGGACGACCUGAGUGCCCUUGGGAGCAGCGGUGGAGGCGGUACGACGACGAUGGGUUUCGUCGCUACGAAGACCACUGUGCAGGACAGCGACGUGAACAGAUGGCUUGGCGACUCAGACAAGGUGGCAGCACAGCCGCUCGUGCUUGACUGGAGGCCGAUUGCCGAGUUUAUGCGCGUAGUGCGUCAGGUGGAUCCGGGCAUCUCGCAACGGCAGGUGCGACUGGAGUGGUGGAUGCGCCAGCCCGCGCUGGCGACGGGUGCACUAGUAGAGACGCUGGUCGCUCAGUCAGCAUCACUCGCAGAGGCAGCCUUGGUGAGUCGUGUGGAUGAUGCACAUGAUGUGCUGCACAACGCUAUUAGCGCCACCCUGCAGCACACACGCCAGCACUGGCAGGCAGCGGACAGAGUGGAUGGUGUACAACCGUUGUUGAUGAUGAACUUACGCGACGCACUGAACAUUUACCCUUUGAAUGAGCAAAACGUCUGCAGUGAAGACGAUAGCGCCGCCGGCGGGCAGCUGGCGAUCCCGAUGUGUGAGGACGGCUCAGCUGAAGCAGCGAGCCGUUUGGGCGCCUCCGCAGCCCAGGGCAUCAUCCGUGACUCCGUCGAGGUCGUAGAGCAAGCUCGCUGGUUGGAGUAUGGUGCUGACAGUAGCGUCUUCGUUGACGGCAGCAGCGAUCCCGCUACGCCCUUGAGUGGCUUCGCCACGACGGUGGUGCUGGGGCUGGCCCGCCCCUGCUCUGCCCUCUCGGUGUCCUCCAUUCAUUCGGCCAGCACAACGAGUAGUGCAGCGACGGUCGACGAGCGCAAGCGUCGGCGGCUCGUCCUGCUGCGUCGCGCCGGUGUGUUAGCUUCGGUGCAAGAGAUGGAGCAGCGUUAUCGCGCGCACAGGCUGAGCGGCGCGAUGUGGCGUGACGGCACGGUGGCGUCGGAGGGCGCAUGUGAGGCUAAUUUUUGGCGCCAGAAGUCGCAGCAGCUGCAGCGAGAGAUGCUCAGGUGUAUCUUCGGUGGCGACGAUAGCACGGCUGGCGCACUCCAGCGUUCGCAUGCGUCGGACAGUGGCGUUGCCUCGAAGGACUCUGCAGGAGCGUCCGGGGAAGAAGUAGCAUCCGCAGCAGGGCAAUCUAGGAUGAAUAGAUGCAUGUCUGAUCUGGAGCGUAGUGCUCGUCACCGACUCCAACUUCUCCGCUGCAAUGACCUCGCGCAGCUGCUGCUGCUGCUGAUGUCGGCGACAUCGGCGGCAUCGCCACCACAGGGUGCACAGGAUGGAAUGAAGGAGGGCACGGAUGUGUCGCCUUCGCUUCGUGGCCUACAAAUACGAGUUGUGAUGGACACGAUGGCGGAGUUACUGCCGAGUGCCUCCACAGGCGAGCUGAUGCAGGUGGCGCUCGCGCUUCUCAAGCUCUCCAUCUCAGCAACAACGUUGACUGGCACCGCCAGCACCGACGCGACUACGCCACAGCUGCUCCACGAGGUGCAUCUCGAGGCGCGGCGCCUGCUGGCAAACGUGGCAGUGCUCGUCGCGAAUGAUGUAGAGCGCUUCACUCUUCACGAGCUUCUCUGGCUCAUCACGCGGCUGCACACUCCGUGCAUUCGGGCGGCGCCAGCGGUGGCGGUACCGCCUCAUGCCCAGUCGACUCAGCAGGCUGAUAACGAAGCGGCGGAGUGGAGAAAAACGCACCGGAGGCCUACGCACGACAGGCUGCUGGGAGAUGAACCUCUCGAUGUGUCGAUGUCGUACGUGUCAGUGGCUGUCGCGCGCGCCAUCCGUGUUGGCAUCGAGGGCUCCAGCGCCCCUACAGGCGGUGAGCGAGGCGACAACGCUGACGCUGACGAUGAGGAUGACGAUGGAACUGGUGGCUCUUGUGACGAGGCAGCUGCUCUUGACGGCGACGUGAGCGUCCACGCGCAGUCGGUGGCACCCGUGACAGUUGCUCAGUGGGUCAACGCCGUCGCCGCCGCAGAGCGGUUGCAAGGAAGGUCACAUUUAUGCCUCGUGCUGCGGCUAGUGGAGCGCUCGGCGGUGUGA